AUGGUCACCGCCGGAAGCCUUCACUUCCUUGCAUCUGCAGCAAAUCGGCUUCUUAUCGAUCUACUUCCUGGAUCGGUUUGGACGGCAAAAGCACUUGAUUCGGGGAUUAUCCAGGCGUUUUUCAAGGGACACCCCAGCCUAUUCCAGCGCGACCAUAUUCCAACCGUGAAAGAUGAUCAAAAGCUCUCUUUCGCAGGAACCACAGUGAUGGACCACGUCUCCAGGUUCCUACUGCAUUCUCCAGUCUUACACGCGUUCUUGCGCGUCGUACACAGAAUUGAGGCAUCGGAGACUUUGGAAAAGGAGAUGAAGGGAAAAUCGAACUUGAUUUGGAAGUCUUGGGAAAGGUGCAAGAAAAAAGCGAUAGUGAUUCAAGAUUUUCGUCGGGAACUGAAAGCAAAACCGUUCAUAUUCUGUACCUACCAACAGUGUCCUCUCCGGGAAGUUCCCCCCACCACGAGCCUCGAAUGGCGUGACAACCAUCGAGAGUUUUGCCGCAUGAAGGAUAUAGUUUCAAUGAAAAUCACCGACUACGACUUGAAAUUCUUUACAGAAUGGAUAUUCGGAUUCCUCUCCACACACUCUGGUACUGUCAAAGAGAUGGUAAACAACGCUAUUCUGAACAUGUUCAAUCGUCCAGACAACGAGCUCUCAACUAACGAGAGGCUCAUGAAAACCGGAUCAAGAAAUCCUAUAUUUUAUCUCAACUUCGACACACCAUCUCCUCUCAUGCCAGAAAACUGCUUCCAAGUCAUAAUUGACAUGAACGCAUGGCUCAAACGGGUUCCUUUCUUAUUGAAGCCAUCUGCCACAACUGUGGUGAUCGAGUGGCAGGCACUGCCAGCACAUGGGCUGGCCACCGUAUUUGCAAUUUUCCCAGGACAGGAUCGCAUACCUUACUUCGUAAAAGAGACGGUGGAACUCGUACGGAAGCAUGUACCCGUCUCGGGAGCAGGGACUGCCGAAAGAUGCAUCGCUAUGUAG